AUGGUAGAAAAAGGGCUUGUUGAAGGAGUAGAGCUUGAUAGCUCCUCCACGCCCGAGUUUUGCGAAGCCUGUGCGAAAGCCAAGGCAAUACAUCAUCUAUUCCCUGAGGAAACCAAAACCUGGGCACUCACCUAUGCAGAACUUGUCCAUACUGAUCUGUGGGGU